AAAGCCAUGAAGAAGAACUGAAGUGGUUUAGGGGCUGGAGGCAUUGCAGUUUUGUUUUGUUUUUUGAACAUCAUUGUAACACGCUGGUAGAGCAGAAAAAUGAAAUGCUUCAAUUUCCCACCAAGUUUGGUGUUUCUAAUUGUAUAAUUUUGCAUUACCUUAUUUAGCCUACUUUGGUCCUAAUCUGAAACACACAAUGGGUACCUGAGAUUUUUUCCCACCCCAACAGCUUCUCUCAAUAGCCUUUAGGCUUUGAACAUGGGACCUUUCUCUUGCUUGAAACAAAGCGAGUGGUUCCCACGUGCCAAAUUGUUUCCGUCCUUAUUGUUCCAAGCUGAAUGUCAUUAUUUUUGUUUCUUUGACCUUUUCUGUAUGUUCAAAGAACCACCCAGCCGAGCCCCCUCCCAGAUUUAAAUGAAAAGGGUCAUCUCGAUACUGACUGUGGCAAAUUUCUUGUUUCUUCAAAUAGUGGAGACUCACAGUCCUACGUUGGAUUUUCUUUCCUUUCCCUUUACUAGUGACACUCAUAAACUCCACUAAAUCAGUUAUUUCAGACACUUUUCUUGCUCAAAACCUUGAAAUACUCAUCAAGUAUAGUGAAGUAGGGCUGCACGAUAUAUCGUUUCAGCAUCGCCAUCGCGAUGUGCGCAUGCUCAAUAGUCACAUUGCGGUCACGUGCGAUGUCAAGCAAGGCAAAUUAAUAGAAUAGUUUUGCUGCUUGAUACAAAAGGAAUACUGGCAAAGUUUUUGCACAACUAAUCUACAGGUCUCUCUGAUGUGACAUAAUUUACUCCGAUUUUAGGGUUUAGGGAUACACGGAGUUUGUUGCUAGUGAGUGAAAACUAGGCUGGCAGGCUGCACAGCGCACCACCGAUCACAAUAUCUUGAACAGUUUAUCAAAGCAGGCACCGCCCCCGCUAUUUACAGACAACAGGAGAAAACAAACGAUCAUGUGGAUUUGGUGCCAAAACGAAAAGCAGCUUCAGUGGUUUGGAACUAUUUUGGCUACUCAAAGGACGACAUUGACCAAACCCAGGUACUUGGUACUUGUCCCCAGUGUCUUGUAGUUGUUGCCACAACACGAGGCAACACGACUAAUUUGUUUGAUCACUUAAAUCGGCACCACAAAGCUCAGUAUUACCAGUGCAAAGCCAGAAGUGAAGGCCAUCCAAAGCAACAAAGUAUUUCGGAUGCUUUGGCCAGAGUUGCACCGUACGAGAAAGGCUCCAAACGGCAGAGAGAAAUUACUGAUGCGAUAACUUUGCACCUCGCUAAAGACAUGGCUCCAACCAAUACAGUACCAAAGAGGGUUUCGAAAACAUGAUCCGGACGCUUGAUACGCGAUAUAAAAUACCAUCACGCGCCUGUUUUUCUCAAGUUGCCAUCCCAGAGCUCUACGACAAAUGCAAGGCACAAGUUGAAACCGAGCUGUAACGCGUGGAAUAUUAUGCAGCUACCACAGAUUGGUGGUCCAGCCGGAUAACCGAGCCCUACAUUAGUCUGACCGUCCACUUUAUUAAUGAGGACUUCCAAUUUAAAAGUCGCUGUUUGCAAACGGCAUUUUUCCCGGAGGAUCAUACAAGUGAGAACAUUGCAACGGGGAUGAGAGAAGCGGUGGCUGCUUGGGGACUAGAUGAGAGACGUCAAGUCUGUAUAACAACAGACAAUGCGGCGAACAUGGUAAAAGCUGCCGCCCUGAACAAGUGGACCAGGAUGCAGUGCUUUGGCCACAGAUUGCAUCUUGCAGUAGAAAAAGCAGUGAAAAAGGAUGGACGCGUUGACCGUGCUGCAGGUGUCUGCAAGAAGCUGGUGGGUCAUUUCUCUCACAGCUGGAAGGCCAGAUGUGCUCUUGAAAAAGCCCAGAAGGAACUCAAUCUACCAUCACAUUCCCUUGUAUCAGAAUGCCAAACAAGAUUGGGUUCCAGGCAGAUGAUGAUCAGCAGGAUACUAGAGCAGCAGAAGGCUUUAACUCAGGUCCUCUAUGCGGACAAGAAGGCGCAGCAUCUAAUUCCAACCUGGCAAGAUAUAGAUGUCCUGGAAUCUGUCAGCAAGUUACUGGGCCCACUGCUGGAUUUCACAGAUGCACUUUCAGGGGAAGACUACGUUAGUGUCUCCUGUGUGAAGCCAGUUCUUCACCUCUUCAAUGCUUCAAUCCUGCUAAUGCAAGAGGAAGACACAGACCUGACCAAGAAGCUGAAGAACGAGAUGUUGGACUACAUCAACGUAAAAUAUGAAGAUGAAUCUACUCAGGAGCUGCUAGACAUGGGCUCUUGUUUGGACCCCCGGUUCAAGAUGGACUUCAUCAAUGCAGAUAACAAGGCCCAAGUCAAGGCCAGAGUGGCAUCAGAGAUGAUGGGAUGCCAGGAGACACCAAGCUAUAGCACUGAAGUGGAGCCAAAAGAUGCCGACACAUCACAGGCAAAGAAAGCCAAGAAGUCCUUGGGAAGUUUCUUUAAACAAAGCGGAGCUGCAGUAAAGGGUGAUUCCUCUCUGACACUUAAGGAUGCUGUGGAAGCAGAGUUAAACAACUACCUGCUGACACGUUCCAUAGACAAAGAGGAAGAUCCACUUGUAUGGUGGAAAACUCACAGAGUUAGCUUUCCACGACUCGCCAAGCUUGCCCGCAAGUAUCUAUGCAUUCCUGCUACAAGCUCCCCCUCAGAGAGGAUUUUCAGUGCAAGUGGCAACAUCGUCACUUGCCAACACUCUUGUCUCAAGCCUGCAAUGGUGGACAGACUGGUAUUCUUGGCCAAAAACAUCUCAGCUUGAAUGAGUAAUGCAUACAGAUGCUUAAGAGAAAGUGAAAUGACCCUGUUUCACAAAAUUAUGCAACAGUUAAUACUUGUUUAGCUGCUAGGAAAGCAGAUUUUCUUUGUUUGAACAAUGUGCCCAAGACUUUUUCCUUUGUUGCUAAGAAAAGUAGAUUUAAAAUUGUUUGUAAAUAAAAUGGUUCUAUAUUGAUAUUUGCUAUUUAUUAGUUGAUACAGUUAUUUAUUGCAGUAAAUUAUAUAUUUAUCUUAAGUUUUGUUUUUGCAAACCACUCAGGAGACUGGUCGUGCUGCUGCUCUUUUAGUUUUAUAAUUUUGUUAAAAGAUGUCUACGUGAAAACCAAACCAGAUUUUAUACAAUUGAAAGUUUAAUUUUACCUUAAUUUGUUCAACCAUUAUGACCAACACUUUGUUUUUAUGUUUUUUUGAAAACAACUCAGGGGGCUGGUGUAUAGCUGCUCUAUUUGUUUUAUUUCUAUAAUUUUGUUUAAAAUGUGUUUAUUGCAUUAAAGACAAAGGAUGGUGAAAUCAAAAAAGUCUUAAGUCAUUUUUCAGCCUAUUUAUUUUUUAUUUCCUAUACAUUUCCCAUACAAAAUCACCCCAAUAAUUCUAGGAUACUUAAUUCAUUCCAGAUAUUACUAUUUAAGUCAUCUGGUGAAAAUUUCAGUAUUUUUUCAUAUCGCAAUAUAUAUCGCAGAAAAAAAAAUAUUGCAAUGUCAGUUUUUUCCAAUAUCGUGCUACAAUGAAUUUACAAGAGCCUUUGUGAUCACUAUACAAAUUGAUGGAUACACGAUCAUGAGUUAGCCUCGAUACACAUUAUGUAAUGUGUAUCUAGGCAAAGAAACAGCAGUUUGGUGGUUUUAAAUUCCCCCAUAACUGACAGAACCCUGGAAUAUAGCCGUCUAACCGGUUAACCUCACAUUCUGCUCAAGACUGGACUGAUUUAAGUUGACAGGCAGCAUUUUUCUUUUCUAAGUUACCAAAGCUGAUGGCUUGUGUUUUAUUGCAUUUAACAGACAGUUAAUGUUUGAUGAGAUACUGUCAACUUAUUUUGUCCUACAACUAAGGUCAGCACAGCCCACAUUCCUUAAAUGGUUAUGUGGUCUGAAACUGACACAGAUAUACAGUCCCUCUAAGGAAGCUGCAACAGUUUGAUUAAAUCACUACCUUGAAGAAGUAGGUCAUACCUCCUGAGACUUCAGUAAAAUGGAUACAAAGAUUGACUUUUCCAUCCAAUGAAGAGAUUACCUACAGCUGAUUAUGGAAAAUAAAGCUUUAUCUAUAAAAAAAAAAAAAAGACAUUUUACGGA